AUGGCAAUGGUGGCUCCUAAGCAGUUGGUUUCUCUGUGUUCUUUGCUUCUUCUGUUUCUCUUCCUUGUCGGUGCCAUGGCAAGGGUGGUACAGAAAAACGACGUCGCAGAAUCAAGGACUGUCGAAAAAGUGCAGUUGCAGAGCUCCACCGACUCAACAAUGGCGGAGAGGUUGGAAGAGGUUGAACCAGCUUUAAAUGAACAUGCAGUGGAUGACCCAGAAGAAGUUGCCGCCAUGGUUAAUAUGAGCAUCCGAAACAGCACUGAGAGAAGGAAAUUGGGAUUUUUCUCAUGUGGAACAGGCAAUCCGAUUGAUGACUGCUGGCGUUGUGACCCCAACUGGCAUCAAAACCGCAAGCGACUUGCUGACUGCAGCAUUGGUUUUGGGAGAAAUGCUAUCGGUGGCCGUGAUGGUCGCUUCUAUGUUGUCACCGACUCCGGUGAUGAUGAUCCUGUUAUUCCCCGGCCUGGUACUCUGCGCCACGCUGUUAUCCAGGACACGCCACUCUGGAUUGUGUUCCAACGCGACAUGGUGAUUACCUUGAAACAGGAGCUCAUAAUGAAUAGUUUCAAGACCAUUGAUGCCCGGGGAACCAAUGUUCACAUUUCUAAUGGAGCUUGCAUCACUAUUCAAUUUGUCACCAAUGUUAUUAUUCAUGGUCUACAUAUCCAUGACUGUAAACCCACCGGGAACGCCAUGGUGAGGAGCUCACCUUCCCAUUUUGGUUGGAGAACAAUGGCUGAUGGUGAUGGUAUAUCCAUCUUUGGUUCGAGCCAUAUUUGGGUUGAUCACAAUUCUCUCUCCAACUGUGCUGAUGGCCUUAUUGAUGCUGUUAUGGGUUCCACUGCUAUUACCGUUUCCAACAAUUACUUUACCCACCACAAUGAGGUUAUGCUGUUGGGACAUAGUGAUUCUUAUGUAAGAGACAAGCAAAUGCAAGUCACCAUCGCCUACAACCAUUUCGGAGAGGGUCUCAU